AAAAGAAGAGACCCUUUAUCUUGGGAUCUCAAUAUUGGCCAUGUGACCUUUCGGGUCUUCUCUCUUUAUUUUGUACUUCAGAAUCUGAAACAUAUGAAACUAUUUACUAUUUAUAUGAUUAAUUUUUUAUUUAUCAAUAAGAUAUAAGGGAUUGAUACCGGACACAUGGAUGUAUAUUCUGGUAAAAGAGCAGUCGAUGGGCUUGUUGUCACGGAAAAAGGUUCUGGUCUUGUUCUGAGAGAUAGUGUCAAUAACAGAGACCAAAAUUCUCAAUUUUGCAACAGAAUCGGUUGUAGUGGCCGACUGAAUUCCAUGAAGGGCACUCAAAUUGGCUGCUCAGAAAAAGCCAAAUCUUCAAGGCCUCCGUUUCGUUAUUCUUCCAGUGGCAAAGAAAUAGUUGGAAGCUCCUCAAGGACUUUUGCAGCAGCUAGCAAUGCAAAAAAGUCUUCAACAAAUCCUCGGAAAAAGGUGUCUUCCCAAAUUGAAACAGAUUCAUCCGAAACUAGUAGUGUUCAGGAUGAGCCAGAAGUUUCAGAACUCAUACCUCCACCUGGAAAGAUACAAAGAGGGCUUUGCCUGGAAUCUGAAUAUGCUGAUUCUCAGGAUGUUAUGAAAAUGGAAGAGGCAAGCUCAAGCACAGCGUCAAACACAAGGUCUCGGAGGAAUUUAAAUCAGAGAUCUGCGUUGGGUAACCGAGAUAUUUCAGGUGGUUCCUCUGUGUCUUUGCCAUCUAGGAGCACCUGUCAGACAACAGCUGUUAACACAAGCAGGCAUAGUUUUAAAAAUCUAAGGUGUAACUCUGUUUCUGAUGUCAUCACCUCCAGUAGUAGAUCUUUAUCAGAGUCAAGUGUUAGUAAAAGGAAGGAUAUGGUUAAAAAGAGAAGUUCAGAAGGGGAAAGUAGUUCAUCCUCUAGAGGGAAGAAAACAAGUGAACCAUUACCAGAAGUGCUGUGUAAUCACAGUUCUAACCAUGGUGUCUCCAUUUCUGAUUCAAGACGAGACAGGAAUUGGCCUUCUAACAGGGAUAAUGGUGUUACAUCUGUUAGGACUCAGAGAUCAACCAAUGGUAACAACCGGGCAAGGCUCUCUAAUCGAGGAAAUAGAAAUAAUUUAGCACCAAACGAGUCCCCUGUUGGGAUUUCACGAGUGACUGAAUCACAUAUAUCUGAUUUAAUUGUUCCUUCCUCAUCGCCUCAAUUUUCUUUGGAAACUCCCUCAGGUCGCCCGGGUUCUUACAGUCGGCCUGGCAGUAGCAGUGGAAGUUUACUAGGUUUUGCACCUGGCAGUCCCUCAGAAGUUGGCAUUGCUCGCUCUUUAAUUAAUCGUGAUAAUUUUGGGCACUACAACAUGGAUGGCAUUGCAGAGGUGUUGUUGGCGCUUGAGAGGAUUGAACAAGAUGAAGAGUUAUCUUAUGAGCAAUUACUUGUUCUGGAGACCAAUUUGCUUCUUAAUGGCCUAAAUUUUUAUGACCAGCAUAGAGACUUGAGACUGGAUAUUGACGACAUGUCAUAUGAGGAAUUAUUAGCUCUAGAAGAGAGAAUGGGUACUGUGAGCACUGCAUUAACAGAAGAAGCAAUAUCAAAAUGUCUUACAACAAGCAUCUAUCAGUCAAAAGCUCCCAAGGAUGCCACUCUGAACUGCCAUGGGAAUAAUGAUGAUGUUACAUGUUCUAUUUGUCAGGAAGAGUAUGUUGCCGGAGAUGAAGUGGGGAGGUUACACUGUCAGCAUAGAUAUCAUGUGGCCUGCAUACAACAGUGGCUGCAGCUGAAGAACUGGUGCCCGAUUUGCAAGGCAGCAGCAGCAGCAGAACCCUUGCUGCCAUCCUCUCCGGAGCAUGAUUCAAUUGUUUAAAUCGAUCAGGAGACAGACUUCUUUUUUGUUCAUUGUGUUCAAAUUAAGCUUUGUCCGUCAUUUAUAAUCUUAUCUUGUUUAUGAUGUACAUAACAAAUGCCCUUUCAUCUUCAUCAAGUAAUAAACCCAGAGAAGCUGCUCUACAGUGGAAAUUGAAUUCUUGUUCACAAUUUAAAAAAAAAAAAAAGACUGAAUGAAAUUUCAUACAAAUUGCUGUU